AUGUUCCAUACACCUCCAAUCAACCCUGAGCGAUCUCAAUUAUCAACCACAGCGACCCUUGAGUCGUAUACUAAACAAGACUAUCAGGAGGAAGAAAUAGUAAAAAUGGGAAAAGAAAAUGGUGUAAUAGCGACGUCUCCCACCGUUAGCACUGCCUCACCAGUGACACAAACAAUCGAGGACCCUAUCUCAGUUGAAGACUCUUCUGGCAUCAACUCAUCAAAUGACAACAAGAUUCAGCCACCGAGUAGUGCCACUAAUGAAGCUGUCACUGCUGCUACCACUCCUGUAUCGCUUACAGAUACCAAGGAAGAGAAACACGCCCAUCAAAUUACGCUUGAGUAUACGAGAGACCUUAAAACGGUGAACCUACCAUCGAAAUUACUGGAAUCGAUCGAUAUCUUUUUACGAGAUUUACAAGCCCCAAAAUAUUCAAAGCCAUUGUCGACGGAUCAAGUGGCAGGGCUAUUCCAACAGUUUUAUCAUAAAUUUGAGGCUCGAGCGUUGACGUACCUUACCGCAAAAGAGACCGAUGAGGCAGUGAUUGGGAAAAUCCACAAUGAUUAUAUCGAACAUAUGGAAGCUACACUCUGUGGUAACCAGCUUAUCUUUCACAAAAUAUACCAGAACAAUUUGGAUGAUUUGAAGAUCCAAUUGAAAAUCUAUGAAAAGUCGUUUGUAUUACGAAACAUUAUCCAUUUGAAACUCGAACAAUUAGAUUUUGAUAUGGAGAAGUUUGGAAACGGAUUUAGUGAGGCAACCUUCCAAAAUGAUUUAGCCCAAAUUGAAAAAUCAUUUAAUAUGUCUAAUUAUUUGAAAAGCCCGUUGGAAAAAUUGUUGAUUAUCUCCAACUCCUUUGAUAAAUUGAUCAAAUUGAUAUAUAAAUAUCAAAAUGGUGGUGAAUCUUGUCCAAAUACGUCAUCUGGCUACAUCAAUGCCGACAUUGCUUUGCCGAUAUUUAUUUAUUUUAUCGUCCAUAAGCAUGUGGAGAACUUGUUUCUUAAUUUCAAAUAUAUCAAAAGAUUUAGAAACAGCAAUUUCUGGAUGAAGGAUCUUGGAGGGGGUUAUUCGUAUGAUAUUACCAACGUCGAGGCGUUAUUGACGUUUAUCAUUAACUUGGACUAUCAAAGAGACUUGAAUCUCGAUGAUGACGAAUUGAAACGGAUGUUCAACAAAUUUAAACUGGGUGAUAAGCACGAUGAUAAAGAUCACACUUUUAAUGAAUUGAAAGAAUCAAAGCAACUAGACCCGCCAAAACGCUCGAAGCUCAAUAAUAAAAACUAUAACGAAAAGAAGAAGGUAGUUGAAGAGCUCGAGCAGUUCAAUGAUGAGGAUGCCAAUAUCACAUUUUUCGAUAAUUUAACAUUCUCUGAUUUACAGAAGCUUUUAUCACCACUUGAUCUACCAUUAUUUCAAGAUGUUUCGAUUCCUCAAACUCAAGAUCCAACUACUUCAUCCACCAACAGACCUAAUCGCCCAAAAUCAAAUUCCAUGACCUUUAUCAAAAAUACGGUACAAGAAUCAUUAUCAUAUUAUCACAAUAGCAUCAGCCCAUCUUCUACAAACUCUUCCAAUAGCGCGCGUCCAGCGCCAAUUAUGAGACAGGGAAGUCUAUCGUUUUUCAAUAAUGUCGAAAAUUCCGGAGGUAAUUCUAAACCAUUGACAUUAUCUGAAGUUUCUAGUGGGCUUGUGAUGAAUGUGGCGGACCAAGGAUUGAAAAACUUAAGUUCAGCAUUUGACAACUCAUUAAAAUUCCUUGGUAAUAAAAUAGCUUCACAAAACACUAACAAUGAUAAUGGCGGUCCCGAUUUAAAUCCCAGCAAUGUAGCGGGUAGUGGGGUUUCAUUGAGCAGCAUGUUGAGUGGGGGAAGAAGCAGAUCGAAUUCUGGUAAUAGUUUUAUGUCCAACUCAAGAAAUAGAUCUAAUUCGACCCUCAACAAUGUUUUUUCGGCAACCAAUAGCAUUCAAACGAUUGCUGAAGCUGAAAUAACCGAAGGAGUUAUUUCUUCAAAAGUUGAUUCUUCGAGUACCCCGGACCACAAUGGACAGCCGCCACCGCUGCUGCAUUCUCAUCCAUUGAAUAAAUUUAUUCGUUGGAGAAGCUUUUCUAGUUCAAACUUACCAAUAUCACCAUCAAGUUCCACCACGUUCCCAAUCCUGGCCGGUAAUGAUGUCAAUUCUAUUGGAUCAGCAGAUAGUAAUUCGGGGGCAGGAACUUCUGGAACUGGCUUGUUUAUAUCGUCGCCAUCGAGCAAGAAGGUAUCGCCAAAGCUUUUUUCAGGCACCACUGUCGCGCCGAAACAAGGUGGUGACGAUGGUAACGAUCUUACAAUAACAAACACUAAUCAGAUAGAAAAGAAUGCAGAAAGCUUCAAAAAGAUGGACAAGCCAUUCGAUGAAAUGACGAUGAAGGAGUUGAAGCAGUUGUAUGAGGACUAUAAUCUUUUGGUGGGUUACAUUUCUUGA